AGCAAGAAUUUUGAAUGGCUUGUUCCAGCAGUGGGGAAUUUCAGCCAUGGAUACAUGGAACAUUAGUGGUGAGUUAUGCAGCGGUGUGGCCUCAGACACGACAACCCCACUUCUCAAUCUUAAUCCAGGCAUCAAAUGUGACUGCUCCUACAAUUCUAACACCACUUGUCACAUCACUGGAUUGCGGCUGUAUGACCUGGACAUUCAAGGCUCAUUACCCGAUGACCUUUGGAGCUUGACGUAUCUCGAUGAUUUAGAUCUGCGCCAGAAUUAUUUUACCGGUCCAAUUUCUUCGUCCAUUGGGAAUCUCACUCGAAUGCAAUACUUGAGCUUUGGCUUGAAUGCAUUGUCAGGGGAGCUUCCUAGGGAAUUUGGACUGAUGACUGACUUACGAUCAAUAUCUAUCACAGCAAACAACUUCUCUGGGCCCAUACCGUCUGAGUUCGGGAAUUUAACAAGGCUCGAACAAAUGUACAUUCAUGGUUCCGGAAUUAGUGGUCCAAUACCGUUAUCAUUUGCUAAUCUGAUAAACAUGCAGACAAUGUGGGCAUCUGAUAAUGAGCUGACAGGUCAGAUACCUGACUUCAUAGGAAAUUGGUCCAGCCUCACUCAGCUGAGGUUGCAGGGAAAUGCAUUUCAAGGUCCAAUACCACCGUCAUUAUCCAAUUUAACGUUGUUGGUUGACUUGAGAAUAAGUGAUAUAUUGAACGGUAGCUCGUCACUGGAAUUUGUUAGAGAUAUGACUUCUCUGUCCACAUUAAUCUUAAGGAACAAUAAUAUUUCUGGUUCCUUACCUUCGUUUUCCUUAUUUCAGCGCUUGCAGCUCCUGGAUUUGAGCUUCAACAAUUUGACAGGAAGAAUUCCAGACUCACUUUUCAAUCACAGCACCCUGACCAAUUUGUUUCUCGGUAGCAACAGGCUAACAGGUGGAUUGCCAUUGCAAAAGAGUCCUGAUCUCCGAAAUAUAGAUUUAUCGUACAACAGGUUAUCCGGAAGCUUUCCAUCUUGGAUCAGGGAACAGAACCUACAACUUAAUCUGGUUGCCAACAACUUCACCAUUGAAGACUCGAGAUUUGCAAUCAAAUGUGGCGGGCCUCAGAUCAUAUCUUUCGACCGAACUCUUUACGAGAGGGAGAACGAGACACUUGGGCCGGCCACAUAUUACGUGACUAAUGACCGAAGGUGGGCCGUCAGCAAUGCUGGGCUCGUUGCUGACAACACAAACCCACAGUACACGACCCAGACAACUUCGCCCGUUGUGAAUACUCUGGACUCACAGCUGUACCAAACUGCUCGGGCCUCUUCGGGCUCUUUGAGAUAUUAUGGGCUGGGCCUCGAAAACGGUAACUACACUGUAAGGCUCCAGUUUACGGAGACUGAGGUCCUCAAUACGAGGACUUGGGAGAGCCGCGGCCGGCGUGUUUUUGAUAUUUACCUCCAGGGGAAUCUGCAAGAAAGGGAUUUUGAUAUACGACGAGCGGCUGGUGGCGUAUCUUUAAGAGCCGUUGACAGGAGCUACAAUGUGCGAGUGACUGACAAUUACCUUGAAAUCCAUCUAUUUUGGGCGGGAAAGGGAACUUGCUAUUUCAACUCAACUGUUUCGAAUAUUCCUCCAAGCGGGAGCAGAAACCGGACUGGUCUCAUUGUGGGUAUUGUUGUUCCAGUUGUAGCUGUCAAGUUACUGGGGCUCGAAGCACGACCUUACACUUUCAGUUUUGCCGAACUUAAAGCCGCUACGAAUGACUUCAAUGCUGAUAAUAAGCUGGGAGAGGGAGGUUUUGGACCUGUUUACAAGGGUUCACUUGGAGAUGGGAGAGCAGUUGCAGUGAAGCAACUGUCAGUGGCAUCACGUCAGGGAAAGAGUCAGUUCCUUGCGGAAAUUGCCACAAUAUCCGCCGUGCAACACCGUAACCUUGUGAAACUGUACGGCUGUUGUAUCGAGGGUGAUAAACGCUUGCUCGUCUAUGAGUAUCUCGAGAACAAGAGCCUCGACCAAAUAUUGUUUGGACCUGGAAGGAAAAGUUUAUUCCUGGACUGGGGAACACGUUACCAGAUUUGCUUGGGGGUUGCAAGAGGUCUCGCGUACCUUCACGAGGAAUCACGGCCUAGAAUUGUUCACCGGGACGUGAAGGCCAGUAACAUCUUGCUUGAUUCCGAACUUGCCCCUAAGAUCUCGGAUUUCGGAUUGGCCAAAUUGUAUGAUGACAAAAUGACACACAUGAGCACUGGAGUAGCAGGCACAAUUGGUUAUCUAGCACCGGAAUAUGCCCUGCGAGGGCAUCUCACGGAGAAGGCUGAUGUGUUCAGUUAUGGAGUCGUUGCCUUAGAGAUCGUCAGUGGAAGGUCGAAUUCAGACUCGAGUUUGCAAGAUGAUAAGACAUAUCUUCUUGAUUGGUCCAAGCGUGAAAUGGAGCUUGUGGACCCCACUCUAGAACAACAAGACAUGGAUGAGGCUAUAAGAAUUAUAGGGGUGGCCCUCCUAUGCACCCAGGGCCCACCGGGCCUUCGGCCCGCGAUGUCUCGAGUGGUGUCGAUGAUCUGUGGGGACAUUGAGGUGGCGCCUGUCACGACACGCCCAAGCUACCUCACCGACUGGAAUUUCAACGACUCAACCACCACUUUUGCUACCGACACAACUAACAUCUCGACUUCCAACAACACCAAUGAUAUCAUUAGUCCCAUCAAUUUCACCACGACAAACACAUCGGCGACAAGUGGUACUUCCUUGGCCGCUCGUUCGCAACAAAAGGAUGAUGUGGAGCCAAUGCUCGACAAGUGA